CCUUUCAAUCAAAAAUGGCCGCCGCAGUUGUAGUGAUAAAUAUUUAUGAUUUACUUUGAAGAGCGUCUGAGAAAUUAUCGAACCAUCUCUUGAUAAUAAGUCAUGAUUAGACUGUGAGAUGUGGAGAAGGGUGUUGAAUUGAUUAUUCUAACAUAUGGGCAGUAUUCCAGAGCGUUUCCUGGUUUUGUCGAUGAGCAAUGUUAAACGUUACUCAUCAACUCAGAAAGAAGGUAGGUUUCAAAAUGUCUCGAUCGAAGAUAUAACCGUAAGAGUUUUGGAGUUAACUAGCGCUAGGCGUUUUGUUUACUCUGUGAGCCUUCUAUAUGCUGUCACUCUUGUAAAGAUUAUUUUAACAAGCGGUACAGUGAAACCCUAGAAUCCAAUUCGUCAGGGAAAUUCAUGGCAUAAUUGAUCACAGGGGCACAGUGUUUGUCAGUGUUUUUAUGCUUUAUUCGAGUUUUAUACGUUGUUAAGGUUGUUAAUCGCCAUUCACUCUCCCGGUGAAGUUUUCUUUUCUCAGAGCAACGAAUUCCUACGUCUCCAUAAACACAUUUAUGACAAAAUAUUAGCGAUCAGUAAGCGUAACAUAUUUUUUACCUUUACUCAACUCAUAGCUCUUUCUGGGAGAUUUAGAUGAGAGUCAUCAGUUUCAAGCAAGAAGUCAUUCCCGUUCGGAAACUAACGGAAUGCAAACACAAAGGCUAAGCGAUGAAAGUUCGCCGAAAAACAAAAGAAAAUCUCUUCCGACUGUUCCAUCACCAGAAGAAGAAAAAUCCAUGAAUUUAUCAGUGGCGAGGCAAAGAUCACCUGGACCCAAUUCUUCACAGGUCAAAGCCUAUGGGCCAUAUUUUCUCGAAUACACGUUAAUGGCGGAAUAGUAAGUAACAAUUCUUUGUUUCGUUAAUCUAAUUUUAUCCUUUGGAAAUGUGCACAGCGCGUGACGAUUUAUGUUUUUGCGCGCUCUUAUUUUGAUAAAUUUCACUGAAGUAUGCUGUGAAACUGAAUUUGCGCAGAUGUUCAUUUUUGCAUAAUUUUACACUUUUAUUUUUCUCCUGGACUCUUUCACUUUCUUUCUUAGAAAUGAGAAACGAGCGAUGCAAAAGUAAUGCGAAAUAAUCUAUAAAGUUUCCUUUGUUUUAAAAAUUACCCUUCAGCUUUUAAUAGAAUCAACAGGCUGUGCUAAAAAGAAUACUUUUUUAUACCCACAUCAGAGACAAAGCCUUCAUUAAACUGGAUUGGAUCAACUGAGACAUUAUCCCUACACUUUUGUCAUUUAGCGGAACACAUGGGGCUGAUCAGAUCCAGUUCAAUCCAGGCUUUGUUGAUGCCUUCCACCAAAUUUCUGUAAAAUAAGCCUGUCUUAAAUAGAGAUGUCCACAAUUAUUGUAGACAUCUCUAUCAAGCCAACAAAAGUGAGGUUUCCAUCAGGUCCAACUUACAAUAACUACCUGCUGCUUGCUGAAGUAUUUUACAAGACAUAAUGAUUAGUCGAGCUUGCUUAGCAGCGAGACUCUAAAAAUGCAAGCGUUUCUUUUUUUGUAUGUGUAAGCUCACAGAGGGUGGGGUCAUGGUCCCAGGCAUUCCUAGCAAAUACCAUGGAAACCGGGGAUAAGAAUCGUGACAUGACUGACUACAUAUUCAGAGUGCAAUGCAUGUUUUGUGAAGAAAGCUUAGAAAAGAUUAAUGAGAAAGAUGUCAAGCUUUUCAGAACAGAUCGGUCAAUGAAUUAUAUCACUUGAAAGCGUUAGUUACUUUGGAACAAGUGAAAUACUUCAGUGGUCGAAAAAAGAAGAAUCUUUAUACGCAAAACUUCCAUGGUAAGGCUAACUGGUUGGGUGUUGUAAACUUUCAUUGUAUGUGAAUGAGUCUUGUAAAGAGCAUGCGGUUUAUUUUCAGUGAUGACUGAAAUGAUGCACCAUGUUCAUUAGUAGACAGGCACCACACAUGUAUCCAAGCAUCCACGCUUUUGCAUGCUUUGUCAUACAAAAAUUAAAAUGGUCAUGAAUUCACUUUAGGCCGUUCAAAUUUCUAACUAUACCAGCUAAAUAUUUGACCUGGAUUUUGGCAUUCAAAUUUUGAAUGGUCCGGUGUCUAAAUAUUUACGUGGUCAUUGUUUAAACAACUGGCCCAUCAAGUUUUUGAAUUAAAAGAAGCCUUUAACUGACUCUCAGGCUUUUAUGAGAACCUGUUGGGUGUCCAACAUAGUGAGUGUUUUUCGAGCUUUUUCUUGAUAAACCUUCUAUGGCAUAGAUGAAAACUUUAUUAAUGUUUGUAACAACUUCAUCAAAGAUAAUUAAGUGUAAGAAUGUCAAAAAUUUUGAAAUGAGUUUAGUUUAAAUUACUGAAGUGGCAUUCUUGUGUUUCUUACCAACUCACACCUGGAAUGCCUCUUAUUAUUCCAUCUCAAUUUCAAGGCUGUGCUCUAAGGAAAAUUGAAGGCAGCCCAGUGCUCUGAACCUGUAAAAUCCAGGGUGGCCAGCAUAUGAUUUGUAUGAAAGAUCUUUGAUUUUCUAGUCACCCAAGAGCAAAAGUUGGGCGACAUGGGCUACCAGGCUCUGCUAGCACACAGCCCUGAAUUUGUUUUUGACAUUUUACCCAUUUUUGUUUUACCAAAGCGAAAAUAUGAGGUACAGCCGAGAUUUUGAUUUUAUUGAAUGCUUACCAGCGUGCAAAGAAAGUAGUGGCUAGUGGAUUUUACUAGUGGGCUAGUGAAUUCUGUUCUUAACUUGCCCAAUGGGCAAGUGAAGUUUUUUGAGGAAUUCAAAUUACCAGGGCUUCUGAUAUUUCGCGGAAAAAAAAGCAAAAUUUCACGGGAUUUACAGGGGCAAAUUCGUGGAAAAAUCGGCCGAUUUCGCGGGAUUUUUCGCGGGAAUAAAGUCAAAAUUCGCAGAAAAUUUUCGAAGGAUUUUCAGAGGCAAAUUUUUAGGAAAAUUGCUCGAUUUCAGGGGAAAUUUCGGGGAGAAACUUCGCCAAGAAACAAUCAGUAAAAAACAACCAAUUUCGCUGGGUCUUUUUUUUGGCAAAUUUCGCUAAAAUCGAUCAAUUUUGCGUCGAUAUGACCAACGUUGGUGAACGUUUUUUUAAACAGGGAUAAUCAUUUGCUCUUUCAACAACAGUUCACUCCAGAAAUGAGCGAAUGUUAAAGCCAUUAACAUUAUGGUUAGUGCCCAGUUUUUCACAACGUUCCUCUAAAAACGCCUGGUAGUUUUGGGACGUUGUUUACUUGUUGCAGUGAUGAAGUUUCAAGCUAAAUUUGAACGUUUGGGGCGAAUAAAACCGGUCUAAUAGUCAAGAUAAGUAUUAAAUAUGUUUUGCCGACAUGUAUUUGGAAAUAUUUCUGGCGGAUUUCGCGGUAUUUCGCCUUUUUUUUGGGAAUUUCGCGGGUCCGUGACCGCGCGAAAUAUCAGAAGCCCUGAAUUACAAAAGAACUGUGAAAUCAAUUCUGCUCAUCAAAAAGUUUUUUGGGCUAGUUGAAAUGACGUUUGGGCUAGUAUAUGCUAGCCUCAGCUUGCCCAAAUGGCAAACUGUAAAAAUGACUUUCUUUGCACCCUGCUUACACAGGGUUGUCAGAAAGUUUUGAAGUAGACGGCUGAGUUGUCAAAGUAAGCGGCCAGUCCAGGGAUAUUUUAUUUCAAAUCCCAUCCGUAAAGAAAAUAAUGCUAAGCAGAGUAGCUGGCUGAUACUAACCAAGUAGGUAGCGAUUUUCGCUGGCAGCCGGCUACUUUUGACAAUCCUGCUUUAAUAUACAAGAUUUCUCUUAUAGAUCUAUUCAUUUUCCAACCAACCCUUUUUCUGUUUUAUUAUAAUUAUUAUUAUUACUUCUGUAUUUCCACAAAUUAAAUCAGAGCAACACAAUUAAGAUGAGUUUUGUCAGAUUAAGAACACUCAUGGAGCAUAAUUUUUUUAUGUACUAGUUGUGUUUAUGAAUAUCAUGAGUUUUUUUGACAUACAAUUGUAAUAUAUUAUCUUUGACAACUUGAUCUUUGCAGUAAUCAGCUUAGAAGUCAAAGGCUACCAGGAGUUUAUGUUCUUCCAGCGGCCAAGUCCCCUCUAAGUGAGUAUUAUGUUUUUAAGAAAUUGUGCUGAAAAUUUAAAGUCAAGUUAGCAAAGAUAUCAAAGGUUUAGUAUGUUUUGAACAGGGUUGUAAAAAGUAGCCGGCUGCCAGCAAAAAUCGCCACCCACUUGGCUAGUGUCAGCUGGCUACUCUGCUGAGCAUUUCUUUAUGGAUGGCAUUUUUUAAAUAAAAUAUCCCUGGACUGGCCACUUACUUUGACAACUCGGCCAUCUACUUCAAAACUUUUUGACAACCCCGAUUCUAGUAUUAAGUAAUGAUCCGGGUAAGGUGGAUAGCAAUUUAAAAAUUUAAAAUAGAUCAGGUAAAAAAUAGCAAAAAAACUGAACAAGCUGAGUAGGUAGUAUAAUUAAAUUACAUUUUAUAGGUUUGUGAUACAAUGAAGAUAAACAGGAAAAUAACUUAAUUUAGAAUAACUUAACAGUACUGAAAAAUAAAUAAAUUCAUACUACUACGUGAAAAAUGUCUGCAAUUUGAUUGGCUUAGAGCAGUGGCAUUUCAUGUUAAUUUGAAAUACGUACAUGUGAAAAUUACAAACCUCUUGCGGGUAGUAAUAGCAUGAUUUGUAUGUGAUAUUUGGCAUAAAUACUACUCGUGCUAUUUCAAAGUUGUCUCAAACUUUAUUCGCCUAACUGCUCAUGAAAUUAUAUUUAACAAUUUUGAAAUAUCACUCGUGGUAUAUAUGCCAAAUAUCAACCCCUACAAAUCAUGCUACAUGUAUUACCUAUACUAAUCAAUUAGUUGAUAAAAAUAAAAUAGAAGAAAAAGAAGAUGAAAACUAUAGCAAAACCUACAAAAUUGGCAGAGCCGCCAAAGGGCCACCAUAAGCGCAUGACAACCGCUGACCUUAUUCAGGAUUUAAUAGCGAAUUUUUCUUCUGUUUUCAGUCUGGUAUGGUGUAAUUUUUAUCAGGAUGGGUUCCUAUCAAGAUGGUAUUUUUAAGUUUGUUAUGAAGAUUCCAGAAAAUUUCCCAGAUGGUGACUGCCCUGUAAGUUAUGUAUUUAGACAAUACUAUUACCGGUCAAGUGUACUCCCAUUGGUUCCUUUUAUGUAUUGAUUGUUUGGAAAAUGAAUCCAUGAGUAGUUGCCGCAACCCGUAUCAAAUUCAAAUCUGCAUUUCCUACAUGCACAAUGAUCAGUACAUUUUUUACUUCAUCUUCUCAGUAUUCAUUCACAUUGAAAAAUCCUUGCGGAUGGAUAAAAUAUUAUUGCUUUGAAGAAAUUUUUGUCAGAGUUUAGAAAAACUGAGCAGGCAGAAAUUUAAGAACCUCUUUGCAUGUGAAUUCACUGCUCAAGAAUGCAGGGAUGAAUCUGAAAUUUCAAAUAAUAGAUUCAAGAAUGGAAUCCUAGGGGGUUCGCUUGACCUGGCUUGACUGUACUACACAGAUUUGAUUAUUCAAUGGUACCAUGUUACUCUUGGCCUUUGCCAAUGUUAUUGUAAUAAUUUAUUGUUAUACAGCUUUGCCUUGAUUUAAAUCUAGCCUGGUUUACCUUCAAUAACAUCUUAUUUUUAUGAUUUUUCGUCCCAGAGUGUUAUAUUUAAACCCCCUGUGUUUCAUCCUGUGAUUAAUAUGGAAACAGGAGAGUUGGAUGUCAAAAGAAAUUUUCCAAAAUGGAGGUAAGAAUUAUGACUUAAAAAACAGCACCAUAUCAGAUUAUGCUUUUUAUUCUUCAUUUUAUCUUGGACAUUUCCCUUGAAUUUAAUCCCAAGAGUACCUAUAAUUAAAAAAUCCAUUCAAAAGCACUAUUAACAAGCUUUCAUUUAUUCACUGAGUUUGUCACCAAACUCAAAACGAAGAUUAACGUUAUGUUUCUGUUCAUCUUCCCAUCGUUGAGAACACUAUUUGAAUGUAUUUGUGUCUUCUGGUGAAAUGCUUGAUUCUUCCUACAAAUAGCCUUCUGUGUGCUUGUGAACCAUAAGGAGAAUUUGUUAUUAAGGUGGCUCGACUGGAUUUUUUGGGGUUGAUACCUCCCAAGUUUGAUCAUUAACUACGUCGGCAUGAGUAAAGAUAUGGAAAAAAGGUUACCACAACUGUAUUAUAUAAAGAUGAAAAUUUCUUAUGAUCUGGGUUUUAUUGCAAUCGGAGUCGCCAUGGCAACGUAAUGACACCAUUACGUUUUUCAUUUAUUGUUGUGUUUCCCUGUACCAGGAGUUUUUUGAAGAAAUCGCUUAAGGGAGUAUGUACCUGCCAUAAUUGCCUCCAUUAUGGCAAAGUUUGAAGAAAUUCUAUGAGAGCGUUUUCGAGAUAUUUCGAAAUGCAGUUUUAACAAUCAUCAAAGCAGUGAAAUAGCAUGCUAGCAGCUCAAUUCGCUAAUAUUUUAAGAAAAUGAUAAGCUUUGGGAACGCAGCUUCAUCUCUUAGUGGUUUGAUUCCAUUGAAAACUGCAUACAAAAAAAGAGGGGAAUUGCUCUGGGCGAUCGCGAGUAAGAAGAAUUUUAUUAACUUGCAUUCAGCUGCUUUUGAUACAGUUUUUGGAGGUAAUUUGGUCCAUGCCUAAAAAUUUCGCAUUUUUCCAAAAACCGCUCGAUAAAUUUUUUUAUAAAUUCGACAAUUCCGAGAUCAGUCGUCAAGAAAUAUUCCCUGCAAGUUUCAAGAACAUUGAAAACAGGGAAGGCUUUUAAAUAGGGACUCCAACAUAACCAAUUUUCCCCCCAGAUUUUGUGUUCACAAGUGAGCGUCCUUAUUAUUCACUGGCAUUGUUUUCAAGUUUCAUAUGCACGUGCACAAGUAGCAAAAGAUAUAAAUUUGCAUCAAAAAUUACUUUCCGAAGAAAUAUCCGGUAUAUGCUAAUAAUUGGCUUGUAGUCACAGAUAGCAAUGAGAGCCGAAACGGUGAACGUCACGGCUCAUCGUGUAGGAAGCAAUACUUAAUUAUCUUAAUUGGGUUAUAACAUCACAGAAACUCUCACAAAGAAUUGCUCUGAUGUUAUAAUGUAUCACUAACCUCUUUACCCGGUAAUUAGCAUAUCCCGGAGCUUUAACCGAGGGUCCUUUUUGAUGCAAAUUCUAUCUUUUUGCUAAAUGUGCACGUGUAUAUGAAACUUGAAAACAAUGCCAGUGAAUAAUAAGGACGCUCGCUUGUAAACACAAAAUCUGGGGGGAAAAUUGGCUAUAUUUGAGGCCCUAUUUAAAAGCCUUCCCCGUUUUCAAUGUUCUUAAAACUUGCAGAGAAUAUUUCUUGACGAUUGAUCUCGGAAUUGUCGAAUUUAUAAAAAAAUUUAUCGAGCGGUUUUUGGAAAAAUGCGAAAUUUUUAGGCGUGGACCAAAUUACCUCCAAAAACUGUAUCAAAAGCAUCUGAAUGCAAGUUAAUAAAAUCCUUCUUACUCGCGAUCGCCCAGAGCAAUUCCCCUCUUUUUUUGUAUGUAGUUUUCAUUGGAAUCAAUCCACUAUCAGAUGAAGCCGCGUUCCCAAAGCUUAUCAUUUUCUUAAAAUAUUAGCGAAUUGUGCGGCUAGCAUGCUAUUUCACUGUUUUUAUGAUUCUUAAAACUGCAUUUCAAAAUAUUUCGAAAACGCUCUCAUAGAAUUUCUUCAAACUUUGCCAUAAUGGAGGCAAUUAUGGCAGGUACAUACUCCCUUAAGCGAUUUCUUCAAAAAACUCCUGGUACAGAGAAACACAAAGAUAAAUGAAAAACGAAAUGACGUCAUUACGUUGCCAUGGCGACUCCGAUUGCAAUAAAACCCAGAUCAUAAAAAAUUUUCAUCUUUAUGUAAUACAGUUGUGGUAACCUUUUUUCCAUAUCUUUACUCAUGCCGACGUAGUUAAUGCUCAAACUUGGGAGGUAUCAACCCCAAAAAAUCCAGUCGAGCCACCUUAAAUCGGGUGUCACCAAGGUCCUUAUUGUGCACAAGCAUGAUGUAAUAUUGUACAGUUUGGCUCAUGCAAAGAAUGCUUUGUUACAGUUAUGAACCUCACCAUGAGACAAGAGAAUAUAACAAUCAAACUCAUUUCAAUGUUGGAAACAAACUCACCCCAAAAAGUGCAUAGAUGGUUUUCACAGAGACGUUGUCAAAUUGUAAAGUCAAAAUAGCGGGGCUUUACGAAUUCUUAUUUACACUAGGUUGAAGAUAAACAAAAAGUGAAUCUUUUUACAAGUUUCCAUUCCCGCAGCACAUUUCAUUUAAAAAAUACAGCAAUUUGAACUUCUGAGUUUUCACAGUGCAUGACACCAAAAUAAGAAUGCUCUCUGAAAAAAGUCUCUCCUCUUGAUUUUCAGCAGUAUAACCAUUUCAAGUAUUAGAUAAUAUUUUUAUACGUAUGUAUGCUAGUUCUGGAGUGAAAAGAAAGAGCUUAAUAAAAAAAAAUAUAGAAAAAGUGAACUCCAGAUGUUUUUAUUGAUUUCUGGUGCCCAUAUUGGUGCACCAAAAUGGUACACCAAUUGAUAUGGCAUCUCGAUACAAAGCUCUACACGUUUUGGCAAAUAACUCAGAAACUGUGGGCCAUGAAGACCUGACCUGUCGCGUGACAGUGAAAAUGAUCUAUAAGCUGUGUUUCUGUGAGAUAGAAAGCAACAUCUCUAGUCUCAAUUAAGGCCCACAUUAACCUUGCAGGCAUUGUGUGUUAAGGAAAUUUUUGUUUUAUUUCAUUAUUUUGAAAUUCAGGCAAUCCAAUUUUGUCACCAACAAUCAGAUGAGAACACUGGAAAAUGAAAACUUCUCACAAAAUGUCAACUUCAGAGUCAGAAAGCCUGUUAGUCCUUAAAUAAACAAAUUAUUCAUUUUUUUAUUCAUUUAUUUAUUUAUUUAUUUUUUCAGGAGAAAUAUAAAUCACUUGUGUCAAGUGCUACUCUAUGCUAGGAGAAUAUUUUAUAAAAUUGACAUGAAAAAUCCCUUAAAUCCUGAAGCUGCUCACUUGUAAGUUUCUAUAAUACGUGUAUUUUUAACUACUAUUAAAACUAAAAUGAAAUUCAUUUACUUGUUACUUGCAAACUCAGAAAAUCACAAACACCAGAAAUGUUUACAUACCCUAUGUAGGAAUGGUGAUAGUGUGGUGACCAAUCACAAGAAAGAUCAGUCAUGACACAUGAGCAAACAACAAAAUUUUGAAUUAAUUAAGGCUGGAACACACUAGGCCACACGUCAGUACAACUCAUUGCGCCCACAAGUCACUCCUUAUGUGCAGGUGAGGUGAGAAAAUGUGCAACAAUUUGCAGCAACAAAUCGCUUGAUUUUUGCAACUUGUCGCAGCAACAAAUUUCCAUUGCACAGACAAAGAUUUUCACAAACAUUUUGCCAGUACACACAAAGCAUUUUCUCACUGACGUGUCACCGCAACGUGUUGCUGCUAAUUUUCUCCUAGUGUGUUCAGACCUGGCUUUAUUAUUGCUGUUUGUGGUUUUGUUUUUCUAUGCCUGAUGAACUGUUUUAGCACAAACACAGAAGUAGUUGUGGUGUUGAUGGUUCUUUGAGUUUCACAGUAAAUCUGAAAUUCAUGUCUUGGACAUGUUUUAACCAACAUGCUUCUUGUAGAACUAGAACAUAUUUCCAUGUGGAAUUCAACUUUCCCUAAGUUACAUUACACUACAUUGUUUUAAAUUGUGUUGUACUACAUGAUACUACAUUGAACUGGAUUGUUCAAGAGUGGGUCAGCAUCGCAUUGCACUGCAUUGCACAGGGUACUGCACUGUAUUGAAUUGUGUUGAAUUUCAUGGCAAUACAUUAAAUUGGAUUACUUUAGACUGGUUAAGCAUUACAUUGCACUGCAUAUACCCUGCGAGCAGAGGCUACAUUUUCGCUGUGUGAGCUGGCAUGCGAAAAGUAGCCUCUGCCGACAACCGUUCAAAUCUGUCCAGAAAUCUGGAUGAAUAAAUAAAAAAAAACGGUUUUUUUCCUGUUCAUGAUUGGUUUAGAGCAUUGCGUGAGUCUUGCUUAGCAGAUCAGAGUUGUUGCAAUUUUUUUAUUCCCGCAAAACUCGCGCCAUUUGACGACAGACCUGACGAUUAAUUUUGCUUAUGAAUCGCGUGACGUAUUUCACAUAUGCACAAUAGAAAAUUGAACGGUUGUCAGCAAGGGCUACUUUGUGCAUGCCAGCUCACACAGCAAAUUUAGCCUCUGCUCACAGGGUACACUGCAUACUGCAUUGUAUUGAUUUUGUGUUGGAUUGCGUGAUAUUUCAUUGAACUGGAUUGCUUAAGAGGGGUUUACCGUAGCACCAAAUUGCAUUGCAAUGCAUACUGUACUGUACUGUACUAAAUUGUGGGUUUGCAUGCAUGUAAUACUACAUUGAGCUGGAUUGCUUUAGAUUGGGUCAGCAUUGCAUUACAUUGCAGUGCAUACUGAACUUUAUUGAAUCUUGUUGAAUUGCAUGACAAUACACUGAACCACAUGUAGAUUGCUUUUAACUGAGUCAGAUUGCACUGUACUUAUUAUGCUUGAUUGCAUGGCAGCACAUUGGGUUAAUGUAUUAGAUUGGGUCAGGCUGCAUUGCUUUGCAUAGCAUUGUACUGCUGUUGUAAAACUGUGUUUUUUCUCUGUUCAAUCCACAGAUAUGAAAAUGAUAGGGAUGCCUUUAAACAGAAAGUAAACAUUUCAUUAAGGACAUGUCUGAAUGAGCUUCAUUUACCACUAGCAGAUGAUCCUCAUGCUAUUAGGUGAGGUCAAGAUGCUUUUUAAAAAUCCUUAAUGUGUACAAACUUUGCUAGCUUGCAUAGCUGGCAGUUUGUGUGUGUGUGUGUGUUUGUUUUUCCUUUUAAGUUUCGUAAAGUAAGAGAUACUGGUGGUGUGGUCUACCUUUCACGCAUCAAACAUCUUUCAUAUCAUGUGUUCUACGGGUGGGUUACAGUAAGCCCAUAAUGAACUGAUAGCGGCUGCCAGUUGCGCCCUUGUAUGCUGACGUCCAAAGUUACUGUUAACAUGCUAAUAUGUAGAGUACCCAUCUUGUUGUCCUCAAAUCCACGACAUUACAUUACGUUACAUUACAUUACCACAAAACUUUUGUAGUCACUGAAUUUCCUCAUUUCUGCUCUGGGUGUCCUUUGUUUACGCAGUGCAUUUUCUGAAAAUUGAAAUUGUCAAGUGGAAUGUGUUUUUGAUUUUUUCCAAAAAUCUUAUUUACAACUAACCAUGUGACUUUUCUCAACAUACAUUAUUAGCCUACAAAAUGAAAAAAGCACUUGUAAAGCAUAAAAUACACUUGCCCGUACCCUCCUAUUCUUUGAAAAACUUUGCUCAUGCUUAGCUGUCUAUUCCAAUUUGAACUUAAAUUAUCUGAUACAGGUCACUUUUCCACAGGUCAGAGUACAGGUCACCAUGAUACAGAUAAAUGAACAGCAUUCAAAGUGUCUCCUAGCCCUAAUCUCUUAACAAAAUGCUGUGUUCAGCCAAGUGCUGUUUUUUGGGAAAAUUCAGAUUACAGAAGGAUUGUAAUCAAUCGUGCUUAUCAAAAAGGGUUUAGGGGCUAGUUGAAAUUAUUUGUGGGCUAGUACAUGCUAGCUACAGCUUGCCCGAAUGGCAGGCUGUAAAACUUACUUUCUUUGCACCCUGCUAUUAGAUCGAGGGGAAUGUGACCUGUAUUUUAGACCCGGCCCUGACUUCCUUAAUUGUUGUUGUUAUUUUUUUAAAAAUGUCAUAACGCUCUCCUUUACCUUGGUUUAUUUUAUUUUAUUUCUUUUUUUUCAGAUUUGUUGAACUUACCCCAGAUCAACAUGAUGAGUAUAAAACCCAAAUGAUCAAUAAUCAGGUAAAGUGGAUGACUUAAUUUGUUCCAGGGAGUACUAAAAAUGACAGGAAAGCAGCGUUGCAGCUUGCUUUAUAGAGAAGACAAGUGAUGACAUCACAAAAAACUAAAUUUGUGAAAUUAUUGGAUUGGUUGGCAUAUCAUGAAAGAACAAGAUGAAAAAUAUCCACUUGCCAAAAAUGAACCUGUUAGUGCAAAUUGGUGGGGAGAUAUUAUUCAUAUAACCACCAUUGUGCUUAGUAAUUAUUAUAAAUCCUUCUAAAAUUGGUAUAGAUCGUUCACAUUACGAUCCAUACCAAUAUUAGAAGGAUUUGUGUGGGAGUCAUCAGCCACCAAUUUGCACUAACAGGCUGAUUUUCGGCAAGAGGGGUUUUUUCAUCAUGUUCUCUCUGGAUAGGCUAACCAUUCCCAUAAUUUCACAAAUUUGAAUUUAGGGACGUGACUUCUCUCUUCUCUAUAAAACUUAGGCUUCAUUAAAUAUGGCAUCAGUUUUGGCAGAAAGCUGAAUCCAGAUUUGAGCCCAGUAUCGAGCAUACAUAUCACUUAGUGUCUAUUUGAAGCGAAAAUUAUUUGUGAUGUGUUGAGUGGAAUUAAAUUGACGAUUUUAUGAGCGCUCAAAGUUAACCUUUGUUUUGCCCGGGAAAUGGUUUUCGGAUCGCUCGGCCAAAAUCCCUCGUGAUUUUGAACUGAUUGUUUGCAUCGAGAAUUACUCAAAACAAGUAUGGCGAGAGUAAAAUGAGAAGCGUCGGAGAGGACGAUAUUGUUUGGAUUGUAGAUACAUCAUGUAAAUUACAGUUGGGUUAUAUUUUGGAAUUUUUUACUUCAGUCAGAUGUCAUAAGUAGUUGGAAUAUGAGUGUCCGAAACUGUGCGGUAGUCAUGACAUAUUCAGAGUCAAAGUGUUGUUAUGAUCGCCGGUGUCAAAACCUGGAUCGGAUCGGACCGGAUCGGAACGGAUCAACACCUAUAAUCCUAUCCCUUUAAACCUUUUGCCGUUUUAAGGGUGAUUUCCAACACUUGAUCCAAUCCGGUCCGAUCCAGGUUUUGGCCACGUCUUCUUAUGACAUGACUCCUGGGUUCAAACCAGGGCGGAAGGAGCCGCUCGUUCGAGUCCUAUUCCGCAGCACACAUCACUUGAACAGCGGAGGCUCGUUUCAUCGCUCAACCUUUAUCCGCCCUUGUUCAAACCAUUUACGGUUCAGUCAGGCACGUUACAGCUGACUUUAAUAAUUUUCUCCAUCUCCGUGCCUUUGUUUUAUUUUAUAGAAUGAAUGAAUUAUAGAGUGAAUUAUAUGAAAGUAAACGUGAUCUUCGAAGAUGAAUGAACAACCUAAGCGGUUGAAAAAGAACAUGAAAAAAUUCAGGCUUGACCGGGAAUCAAGCCAACUGUAGAGCAAGUCAUUGUACGUUCGUAAUAUACUUGAUGGUACCGAACUUACAAUGACUUGCUCUCCAGUUGGCUUGAUUAGCUCAAUGGAUAGAGCAUUGCGUCCGGCCAUCGCAAAGGUCAUGGUUCGAUUCCCAAUCAAGCCGGAAUUUUUUCAGGUUCUCUUUCAACCGUUUAGGUUGAUCAUUCUGCCGCGAGGAUCAUGUUCACUUUCAUUUCUUCAUCCGCAGCUCAAAAAUUGAUCCAUUUCAUAUAUUUCAAUUCAGAAUCAAUUAUAUUAAAAAAUUAUUAGAUUCGGCUUUUGUGAUAAUCUACACGUUUUGGCAAAUAACUCAGAAACUGUGGGCCAUGAAGACCUGACCUGUCGCGUGACAGUGAAAAUGAUCUAUAAGCUGUGUUUCUGUGAGAUAGAAAGCAACAUCUCUAGUCUCAAUUAAGGCCCACAUUAACCUUGCAGGCAUUGUGUGUUAAGGAAAUUUUUGUUUUAUUUCAUUGUUUUGAAAUUCAGGCAAUCCAAUUUUGUCACCAACAAUCAGAUGAGAACACUGGAAAAUGAAAACUUCUCACAAAAUGUCAACUUCAGAGUCAGAAAGCCUGUUAGUCCUUAAAUAAACAAGUUAUUCAUUUUUUUAUUCAUUUAUUUAUUUUUUUUUUUUUUCAGGAGAAAUAUAAAUCACUUGUGUCAAGUGCUACUCUAUGCUAGGAGAAUAUUUUAUAAAAUUGACAUGAAAAAUCCCUUAAAUCCUGAAGCUGCUCACUUGUAAGUUUCUAUAAUACGUGUAUUUUUAACUACUAUUAAAACUAAAAUGAAAUUCAUUUACUUGUUACUUGCAAACUCAGAAAAUCACAAACACCAGAAAUGUUUACAUACCCUAUGUAGGAAUGGUGAUAGUGUGGUGACCAAUCACAAGAAAGAUCAGUCAUGACACAUGAGCAAACAACAAAAUUUUGAAUUAAUUAAGGCUGGAACACACUAGGCCACACGUCAGUACAACUCAUUGCGCCCACAAGUCACUCCUUAUGUGCAGGUGAGGUGAGAAAGUGUGCAACAAUUUGCAGCAACAAAUCGCUUGAUUUUUGCAACUUGUCUCAGCAACAAAUUUCCAUUGCACAGACAAAGGUUUUCACAAACAUUUUGCCAGUACACACAAAGCAUUUUCUCACUGACGUGUCACCGCAACGUGUUGCUGCUAAUUUUCUCCUAGUGUGUUCAGACCUGCCUUUAUUAUUGCUGUUUGUGGUUUUGUUUUUCUAUGCCUGAUGAACUGUUUUAGCACAAACACAGAAGUAGUUGUGGUGUUGAUGGUUCUCUGAGUUUCACAGUAAAUCUGAAAUUCAUGUCUUGGACAUGUUAAAACCUACAUGCUUCUUGUAGAACUAGAACAUAUUUCCAUGUGGAAUUCAACUUUCCCCAAGUUACAUUACACUACAUUGUUUUAAAUUGUGUUGUACUACAUGAUACUACAUUGAACUGGAUUGUUCAAGAGUGGGUCAGCAUCGCAUUGCACUGCAUUGCACAGGGUACUGCACUGUAUUGAAUUGUGUUGAAUUUCAUGGCAAUACAUUAAAUUGGAUUACUUUAGACUGGUUAAGCAUUACAUUGCACUGCAUAUACCCUGCGAGCAGAGGCUACAUUUUCGCUGUGUGAGCUGGCAUGCGAAAAGUAGCCUCUGCCGACAACCGUUCAAAUCUGUCCAGAAAUCUGGAUGAAUAAAUUUAAAAAAAACGGUUUUUUUCCUGUUCAUGAUUGGUUUAGAGCAUUGCGUGAGUCUUGCGUAGCAGAUCAGAGUUUUGUUGCAAUUUUUUUAUUCCCGCAAAACUCGCGCCAUUUGACGACAGACCUGACGAUUAAUUUUGCUUACGAAUCGCGUGACGUAUUUCACAUAUGCACAAUAGAAAAUUGAACGGUUGUCAGCAAGGGCUACUUUGUGCACGCCAGCUCACACAGCAAAUUUAGCCUCUGCUCACAGGGUACACUGCAUACUGCAUUGUAUUGAUUUUGUGUUGGAUUGCGUGAUAUUUCAUUGAACUGGAUUGCUUAAGAGGGGUUUACCGUAGCACCAAAUUGCAUUGCAAUGCAUACUGUACUGUACUGUACUAAAUUGUGGGUUUGCAUGCAUGUAAUACUACAUUGAGCUGGAUUGCUUUAGAUUGGGUCAGCAUUGCAUUACAUUGCAGUGCAUACUGAACUUUAUUGAAUCUUGUUGAAUUGCAUGACAAUACACUGAACCACAUGUAGAUUGCUUUUAACUGGGUCAGAUUGCACUGUACUUAUUAUGCUUGAUUGCAUGGCAGCACAUUGGGUUAAUGUAUUAGAUUGGGUCAGGCUGCAUUGCUUUGCAUAGCAUUGUACUGCUAUUGUAAAACUGUGUUUUUUCUCUGUUCAAUCCACAGAUAUGAAAAUGAUAGGGAUGCCUUUAAACAGAAAGUAAACAUUUCAUUAAGGACAUGUCUGAAUGAGCUUCAUUUACCACUAGCAGAUGAUCCUCAUGCUAUUAGGUGAGGUCAAGAUGCUUUUUAAAANACUGUGUUUUUUCUCUGUUCAAUCCACAGAUAUGAAAAUGAUAGGGAUGCCUUUAAACAGAAAGUAAACAUUUCAUUAAGGACAUGUCUGAAUGAGCUUCAUUUACCACUAGCAGAUGAUCCUCAUGCUAUAAGGUGAGGUCAAGAUGCUUUUUAAAAAUCCUUAAUGUGUAAGAACUUUGCUAGCUUGCAUAGCUGGCAGUUUGUGUGUGUGUGUGUGUUUGUUUGUUUUUCUUUUAAGUUUCAUAAAGUACGAGAUACUGAUGGUGUGGUCUACCUUUCAUGCACACAUCUUCCAUAUCAUAUGGGCUAUGGGUGGGUUACAGUAAGCGCAUAAUGAAUUAACUGAUAGCGGCUGCCAGUAAUGUGCCCUUGUAUGUCAAUGUCCGAGCUUACAUUUAACACUUAAAGAGCGUCCAUCUUGUUGUCCUCUAAUCCACAACAUUACAAAUUACAUUACAUUACAUUACCACAAAACUUUUGUAGCACUGAAUUUCCUGUGCAUUUUCUGAAAAUUGAAAUUGUCAAGUGGAAUGUGUUUUUGAUUUUUUCCAAAAAUCUUAUUUACAACUAACCAUAUGACUUUUCUCAACAUACAGUAUUACCCUACAAAAUGAAAAAAGCACUACCCUCCUAUUCUUUGCGAAAACUUUGCUCGUGCUUAGUUGUUUAUUCCAAUUUGAACUUAAAUUAUCUGAUACAGGUCACCAUGAUACAGAUAAAUGAACAGCAUUCAAAGUGUCUCCUAGCCCUAAUCUCUUAACAAAAAAAUGUAUUCGGCAUGAAAGUAUUGUCUGAUAGCUCGGGGCUAGUGGAUUUUGCUAUCGGGCUAGUGUUUUUUGUUCUUAACUUGCCAGACAGGCAAGUGCUUUUUAGGGGGGAAAUUCAGAUUACAGAAGGAUUGUAAUCAAUCAUGCUAAUCAAAAAGGGUUUUGGGGCUAGUUGAAAUUACUUGUGGGCUAGUGCAUGCUAGCUACUGAGUUUGCCCAAAUGGCAGGCUGUAAAACUGACUUUCUUUACCCCCUGCUAUUAGAUCAAGGGGAGACUGUGUGGUGUGGUAUUAUCGAUGGAGCAGUGAUCUGUACCCUUGACCUGUGGAAUGUGGCCUGUACUUUAGACCUGGCCCCGACUUCCUUAAUUGUUGUUGUUAUUGUUUUUUAAAUUGUCGUAACUCUCUCCUUUACCUUGGUUUAUUUUAUUUUAUUUCUUUUUUUUCAGAUUUGUUGAACUUAGCCCAGAUCAACAUGAUGAAUAUAAAACCCAAAUGAUCAAUAAUCAGGUAAAGUGGAUGACUUAAUUUGUUCCAGGGAGAACUAAAAAUGACAGGAAAGCAGCGUUGCAGUUUGCUUUACAGAGAAGACAAGUGAUGACUUCACAAAAACUAAAUUUGUGAAAUUAUUGGAUUGGUUGGCAUAUCCAGAAAGAACAAGAUGAAUAAUGUUCACUUGCCAAAAAUGAGCCUGUUAGUGCAAAUUGGUGGGGAGACUUGUAUUAUUCAUAUAACCAUCGUUAUGCUUAGGUGACUCCAUAAUUAUUAUAAAUCCUUCUAAAAUUGGUAUCGAUCGUUGACAUUACGAUCCAAACCAAUGCUAGAAGGAUUUGUGUGCAAGUAUCAGCCACCAAUUUGCACUAACAGGCUGAUUUUUGGCAAGAGGGGUUUUUUCAUCAUGUUCUCUCUGGAUAGGCUAACCAUUCCGACAAUUUCACAAAUUUGAAUUUAGUGACGUGACUUCUCUCUUCUUUAUAAAACUUGGGCUUCAUUAAAUAUGGCAUCAGUUUUGGCAGAAAGCUGAAUCCAGAUUUGAGCCCAGUAUCGAGCAUACAUAUCACUUAAUGUCUAUUUAAAGCGAAAAUUAUUUGUGAUGUGUUGAGUGGAAUUAAAUUGACGAAUUUAUGAGCGCUCAAAGUUAACCUUUAUUUUGCCCGGAAAAUAGUUUCGGAUUGCUCAGCCAAAAUCCCUCGCGAUUUUGAACUGAUUGUUUGUAUCGAGAAUUACUCAAAACAAGUAUUGCGAAGAGUAAAAAUGAGAAGCGUUGGAGAGGACGAUACUGUUUGAAUGGUAGAUACAUCAUGUAAGUUGCGUUUGAGUUAUAUUUUGGAAUUUUUUGCUUCAGUCAGUUAUCAUAAUGUCCGGAACAGUGCGGUACUCAUGACAUAUUCAGAGUCAAAGUGUUCGGAUCGGAUCAACUCCUAUAAUCCUCUCCCUUUAAACCUGGUGAUUUCCAACACUUGAUCCAAUCCGGUCCGGUCGAGGUUUGUCCACACCUUCUUAUGACAUGACUCCGGGGUUCAAACCAGUGUGAAAAGAGACGCUCAUUCCAGUCCUAUUCCGCAUCACACGUCACCUGAACAGCGGAGGCUCGUUUCAUCGCCCGACCUUUAUCCGCCCUGGUUCAAACCAUUUACGGUUCAGUCAGGCACGUCAAUUUUCUCUGUGUCGGUGCCUUUAUUUUAUUUUAUAGAAUGAAUGAAUUAUAGAAUGAAUUAUAUGAAAGUAAACGUGAUCUUCGCAGUCGUAUGAACAACCUAAGCGGUUGAAAAAGAACCUGUAAGAAUUCAGGCUUGAUCGGGAAUCAAGCCAACUGUAGAACGAGUCAUUGUAAGUUCGUAAUAUACCUGAUGGUAACGAACUUACAAUGACCUGCUCUCCAGUUGGCUUGAUUAGCUCAAUGGAUAGAGCAUUGCGUCCGGCCAUCGCAAAGGUCAUGGUUCGAUUCCCAAUCAAGCCUGAAUUUUUUCAGGUUCUCUUUCAACCGUUUACGUUGAUCAUUCUGCCGCGAGGAUCAUGUUCACUUUCAUUUCUUCAUCCGCAGCUCAAAAAUUGAUCCAUUUCAUAUAUUUCAAUUCAGAAUCAAUUAUAUUAAAAAAUUAUUAGAUUCGGCUUUUGUGAUAUUAGGAAUAAUAUGGGUCAAGGUAAGUGUUAUCAGUCAAAGCCGAUACUAAGACCUUGAUUAUUACGAUUUUGCCUCCACUGCACAACCGAACACACAAAACAACACUUGAAGGCAUGGGCGCGUUGGUCAGCCAGGCCCAUGAAACACUUUAUUAACUCACGUGAAAAACUCCACUGUUACAGUAAUUCUAAGAACACGCCACAGCCGGACUCGUAAAACCGAAAAACCCAACUAUUGGAAAAAUAGGGACCGUGUAACCCCAAACUAUGCUAUGGCGUCGCCUUUGGGGUUAAAAGGCAAAACUAAUAAAUAAAGUCUAAUAACAUGACUACGAGCAGAAAACGAGGUGCUACAUAAAACAGCUAAGGAACAUAGGGACCAGUACAGAUGGUAACGAAAUUAAGGCUAACAGAAUAAGCGAAAACUAAACUUUACAAAGCAAGUUGACGCUGCGAGGCCGACCGUAGAAUGACACGCAUAACUAAACGGUCGCUAAAUCAAACCCCCUAACCGCGAUCCCUCGCGCGCUACACUUGAACCCAGCUCUCCGUUCCGUGCAAGCAAAAUAGUAAUUUAUGUCAAUUCUAAUUUACACAAAUUACAUGAUAUCACAAAAGCCGAAUAAUUAAACAUGACGAAAAUAAUGGCAAACGCACCGUCGCACGGAACACAGUUUGACAUCGCUCUUGUUAAUCAUGCAUUGCGCUCACAUCCUACAGAUUAGUCAUUUGUCUGCCAGCCGAUAGCUACCUAAUCUGUAGAUUGCGCUGAUUCCCAAAAUUAUCUGUAGGCUCUUAGCCAUUAAGAAGACUGAUAGAGAGUACAAUGUAUGAUGAUUUUUUUAUUAUUAUUUCACAGAGUAAACCAGAGAGUCUUCCAACUGCUAAUGCACAUAAAUCAGGAUUAUCAUGGAUGAAGAAAGGAUCCAAUCAGAUUUUUAGCAAACAAGAAAGCUAGCCCGUCUUAUUUUACAUGCAUGAGUCACGUGAUCCAUUCUGUCAAGUAAAGUGAAAGAGUAUUUCAGAACUUUUUAAAACCUUUGUAAAUUAAGAAAUAAUCGUUGCGAAAACAUCCUGUAAGUUUGACCUCGAUCAAACGAGAAAAAUUCGUUGAAAUCAAGGAACCUUUUUCAAAGUUAAGGCCAAUUAUUUCAUUGCUGGUACAGUUCAAAAUUUGAUGCUUGGCCAGUACCCCGUUAGCCUGUUCUGGGCGUUCAGUUUGUGGGGACGGUGAAAGAGAAGUGAACAGGAAAAACAGCGAGGGGGUGGGGUAGGUGGUGAGAGCGAGUUCUCUCCCUCCCCUCCCCCCGCUCUCCCCAUCUACCUCUCUUCCUCCUUAUUUUUUCCCGCUCUCUGACUUCGCAUCACACUCUACUAUCUAAACCUCUGGAUCAGGCUAGUAUCCCGUUGAUUUACUUAAGUUUUCUGGAUUUUGUUUGAGAACGUGACAUGAGUCACAUUCAAGACAGGCAAUUUUACAGAAAAGUGUUUUCCCUGGUGAAUAACAUCUUUCAACUUUCCUUCAUUUUGAAUAGGACCCUUCAUGUACUUGAAUGUACUUCAUGUUCAUGCGUCAAAUUAAAUUUCCUUAUGUGCGGAGCAUUUAAUAUACGUGACUAUAUUCGUUUAAUUGAGAUAGCGAAAAUACCUUGACUUUUACCGAAUAUUUUGUAUUUUCUUGUUCAUGUUUCUCUUCCCUGUAAACGAAAUUCCCCGAACGAGGCGUCUGAUCGCGAUUACCUUACAGGCAAACUGGCGAGGGAGGGGUAAGGUGAGGAGUAGGUGUAGGCGAUGCGUCCCGUUCCUACCCUCCUAAACACUUUCUCGUUCAACCUCAAGCGAGCUUGCUUGCAGGCCUUUGCAAACAAGAGAAUACUUUAUAAGCUGUUGGCAUGCAAAAAGUUUUCGAAUUUUUUAGGCCUUGUAUACUAUAGUCACUUGGUUGACUCUUGUAGAACCACUAUUUCUAUCAGACUGAGUGAUUGCUGUAUUGAGAUGCUGUCUGGAGUGACAAUAACUGUGAUUACCUUCAACUUUGAAUAAGCUAAAGUGAUCUCAAUACAGUUAAGGACUCCAUUGAAACUCUCAGAAUUCAAGUCAAGCUCGAGUAAAUAACUAGUGUUGAUGAUUUAGUUCCCAUUUGAAGGGCAUUGAAAAAAUGUACGGUACAAUUCAACAACAAACAACAACAUCUUUAUUAAUCGCAAGAGUUAGUACAUCCACAUACACACGUGCCUACAUUUAGCGAAUGGUAGUCGAGGCAGGCAAGAAUCUGCAAGACUUCAAUUACAUAUUUAUUUUAAAGUGAAUUUCAUUUAUAGUCAAGUCGAAUAAAGGAAAGUUUGUUUACUCAUGAGCUUGACAUAUUCAACUAAUCAGAAUAGCGUAACCUUGCUUUCUCGGUUUGCCCUCAUUAAACCUUUUCUUUGAUUAUAUCGUUGAUUUGGUGCGUGCUUUCCUCUGGUCUCUUACUCAACUGUUUAGUUGUAUUUCUUGUCACGCAACGCUGCUUCCCAAAGAGGAGAGGAGCAUUGCGUGACGAGACGUAAGAAACUGCAUGCUCGAGCUCGAUAUUUCUUUUAGAAUUAGAGACUUUUUUUCGCUAAAGCAUUGUCAACAGCUUGGUUUUUCUAGCCAAAAGAAUAUCGCAAAAUCGCGGUCAAAUUUCCCUAAUUUCUCUGCAAACUAAAAUGCUCUCUUACAAUUCCACUUUAUUUUAUAAUUCUGAAGGAAAAAAGAAACUGGAGAUUUAUUGAGAUUUCAAUUAAGAGUGAAAAGAAUUGUAAAAAAUGAAUUUUGUGUGCCUUACUUAAAGUAUUCCCUCCUCUUUCCCAUAAUUGUUUUCAGUACACCUCGUUGUUCGAUGA